AAAUACAAAGCAAACCAGCUCGAUUUUGAAGGUUCAAUUUUGCAUUGGUUUUUCACCUUCAUCGUUGCCUUUAUUUUUGUUCUUCUUUUUUCAUCAAGAGUAAAAGAACAUGGGAACUCAAGCUCCUUCUGAUAAAGAUUAUACCCGGAACGACAGUUUUGAAGAAAAAUUAGCAAGGCAGAAAGCAAUUGAUGAUUGGUUGCCAAUUACCUCAUCAAGAAAUGCAAAAUGGUGGUACUCAGCUUUCCACAAUGUCACUGCUAUGGUUGGAGCUGGUGUCCUCAGUCUCCCCUAUGCCAUGUCAGAGCUUGGAUGGGGUCCUGGCGUGGUUGUCCUAGUCCUAUCAUGGAUUAUUACCCUGUAUACUCUAUGGCAAAUGGUUGAGAUGCAUGAGAUGGUUCCAGGAAAACGUUUUGAUAGAUACCAUGAACUGGGUCAAUAUGCCUUUGGUGAAAAACUUGGUCUCUACAUUGUGGUGCCACAGCAGCUUAUUGUUGAAGUUGGUGUCUGCAUAGUAUACAUGGUUACCGGAGGCAAAUCAUUGAAGAAGUUCCAUGACACUGUCUGCAGUACCUGCCAAUCCAUUAAACUUACCUAUUUCAUCAUGAUUUUUGCCUCUGUUCACUUUGUGCUGGCUCACCUUCCCAACUUCAACUCCAUCUCUGGCGUCUCCUUGGCAGCGGCAGUCAUGUCCUUGAGUUACUCUACGAUUGCUUGGGGAGCUUCAGUGGAUAAGGGAGUUCAGCCAAAUGUGCAAUAUGGCUACAAAGCAAAGACUGCAGCAGGAACAGUGUUCGACUUCUUCAGUGCCUUGGGUGAUGUAGCUUUUGCCUAUGCCGGGCACAAUGUGGUGUUGGAGAUCCAAGCAACAAUCCCAUCUACACCUGAGAAGCCAUCAAAGGGUCCCAUGUGGAGAGGUGUUAUCGUUGCCUAUAUAGUUGUGGCCUUGUGCUACUUCCCUGUUGCUUUGAUUGGGUAUUGGAUGUUCGGCAAUGCUGUCGAGGACAACAUCCUCAUCUCAUUGGAGAAACCAGCAUGGCUCAUUGCAAUGGCUAACAUGUUUGUUGUUAUUCAUGUUAUUGGAAGCUACCAGAUUUAUGCAAUGCCAGUGUUUGACAUGAUGGAAACUGUCCUAGUGAAGAAACUAAAUUUCAGGCCUACUAGGACACUUCGAUUCAUUGUUCGCAAUUUUUAUGUCGCAUUCACAAUGUUUGUUGGCAUCACCUUCCCUUUCUUCGGUGGUCUUCUUGGAUUCUUUGGAGGAUUUGCUUUUGCACCAACAACAUACUUUCUCCCUUGCAUCAUGUGGCUUGCCAUCUACAAACCAAGAAAGUUCGGCUUAUCUUGGUGGACUAACUGGAUCUGCAUUGUAUUAGGUGUUGUCUUGAUGGUAGUAUCACCAAUUGGAGGCUUGAGGCAAAUCAUCAUUCAAGCCAAGAACUAUGAAUUUUACUCUUAGGUGGCGUUUGGUACAUUACAAUGCAAUGUGAUUACAGGUAAUAUGAUUGCAAGUAAUGUGAUUGCAAGCAAUGUAAUUACAGGGAAAAUAACAUUACAGUGUUUGGUAUGUAAGUAAAAUAAUG